CUUUGUAGCUAGACUUCUGCUGAAGCUCGGACGAACGGCGGAACCUGUGUUUCUCGGAUGGAACUCGGGGCAACGCGACACCUUAAGGUCCUGUUGUUCUGGAGACUUUUAAUUUCCUUGGAAGGUUCCAGACUCCGACUGGAUGAAUCCCCCCCUCUGAUAAUUGAACAUCCGACUGACCUGGCUGUCUGCAGGGGAGAGCCUGCUACCUUGAACUGUCGGGCAGAGGGGAAGCCUCCACCGGUCAUCGAGUGGUACAGGAAUGGUGAACGGGUGGAGACGAGCGAAGAUGACCCUCAGUCCCAGCGCACUCUUCUACCACAUGGCUCCCUCUUCUUCUAUCAGUUAAACCAGGGACGCAAAGGGAAAUCUGAUGAGGGUAUAUAUACAUGUGUGGCACGUAACCGCCUGGGAUAUGUCGUAAGCAACAAUGCAUCACUUUACGUGGCAUCCUUGCGGGAUGACUUUAGACUGCAGCCAAGCGAUGUAGUGGUGGCCUUGGGUGAACAGGCAGAAAUACAGUGCUUGCCACCUCGAGGCUACCCAGAGCCCACCGUCACAUGGAAGAAGAAUGGGGCACCUCUGAAUGUAAAAGACGACCGUUACAGAAUCACUGUUGGGAAGCUCAUCAUUUCCCAGACUCACUGGAGUGACUCGGGAGUGUACAUCUGCAUAGCGAUGAAUAAAGUGGGACGGCGGGAGAGCAGGGCUGCACGUAUGUCCAUAUUAGAAAAGCCGACCUUUGUCCAGAGGCCGAGUGGUGUGACAGUAACAGCUGGGGAUACCGUGACAUUUCCCUGUGAGGUCCGUGGUGAUCCAAUGCCACGUGUACACUGGCUGAAGGAAAAUGGUGACCUUCCCACAGGGAGGUAUGAGGUGAACUCUGACAACACAAUAACGAUACACUACACUACUCUCAAUGAUGCAGGCCGCUACACCUGCCUCGCAGAAAAUCUGGUGGGUGCAGCCUCUGUGUCCGUCUCCCUCUUUGUGCAAGAUGCUGUUGAUUCUGGCCAGAGAGACAAGGAGAAAGACACUCAUCGGGAGUUGUUGGAUGUUAGGAUUUACCUUGACAACGUUACUGUUCUUCCAUCAUCUGCACAUGUCUAUCUCCACUGGAAGGUUAUUUCCCCAUCCCAAUACAUCGAAGGAUUUAUAGUUUCCUUUCGUUCUCUGUUGCCUCUGAGUGUGGAAUGGAUGGAGCAGCAGGUUGCCCAUCCCCUUGAGAGGAGCAUGGUCCUGACUUCCCUAAAGAGGGGCUACAUGUACGAGUUCAAGAUUCAGGCAUACAGUGGCAGAUUCCGCAGUCCAGACAGCAAUACAAAGCAUGGAAAGGUUCCCGAGGAAGUGCCGGAUGCUGCUCCCCACAGUGUGAUUGUAGCAACGACGGAAAGUAGGAAUGGCAGCAUUGUGAUCAGCUGGGAACCCCCUCCUCCUGAGUCACACAACGGCAUCAUUAAAGGUUACAAGGUUUGGUGUUUUGGAAAUGAGACUCAACAUCACAGAAAUUGGACAGUGGAUGGCAGUACACACCGCCUGGAGAUUCCUGCACUGAAUUCUGGGAUUGAGUACCAUGUGCAGAUCGCAGCCAUCAAUGGUGCUGGAGUUGGAGUACACACCAAACCACAAUCUGUCUAUCUAGACCCUUUAGCUCAGGAAAAGUCAAUGGAGUCUUCGAUCCUUGGACUGGUGCUGGAGAUUGUGAAGCAGCCAGUCUUCAUUGCGAGUGCUGGGAGUGUUCUCUGGGUCAUCCUGAUGAUUUUCAGCGCGUGUUUGUACUGGCACCGCCGCACAAGAAGCUGUCAAAUUCAGAAGAAACGCAGGCUCAGCAAAGGUUUGUACAGACUGACUAAUGAAGACAUUAUUAUCAAGCACAGGAUGAACUUGACUGACUCUCCCUGGUUGUCGAAUUCCUGGAAAUCGAACAGCUGCUCCAAGAGCUUCAGUCCUGGGAAUAGUCAGCCUCUCUGGCUCCACGGUCAGGAGAAACAAGCGUACUGGUCAACAGGUUCAUCAAUUGAGAAGGACCAGGGUUUGAGAGACCAAAAUCCCUUGAUAUUACCCGAUAACAGUCUGUACGGGACGUUCAGUGUUGAUAUUAAAGGAAAGGAUUUGAAGACGUUUAGCACGCCUCUCUCACAGAGAUCUACAAACUCGAGCUACACCAUCCAGGUGACUCCAAACCAGAGUCCUUUGCCAUUACUGAAAAACAACACCAACAGAAACAAUAUCAACAGCUUUGGCCAGGAGGUCACAAAGCUACAAUGGAAACCAACACCCUACCGACAGGCCAAUCCAGAAUCAUGGGACAAAAACUGCAAUAACGAAAGUAACAGAUCUGUGAUCACUGUUGGUCGGAACCCAGUUACCAGUCCAGGAUUCAGCCGCAAAGGUGAUGGAAAAAAGGUGAUGAAGACUUUCUGUUCACCAAAGGCCCAGCAUCACAACUUCAGACUCAAAUUGGUGGACGCUCUCCCACCUCCACCACCUCUCCCAGUAGAGCAAUCUCAGCACAUCCACAGCACACAGCAAGGGUCAAGCAAAUCUAAGAAGCUGUCAGAAUCCAGCAUGAUGUCCGCAGGAGCACAGAGAGAGGGAAGCUGCUCUCCUCUGGAAGAUGAUGAGAUGUCCUAUCAGACCACAUGCUACAGCCGCCUGUCCACUGCCACCCUCUCACUGUCAGCAAACGACGGCGCGGACAACAGCCACCGGCCAGAACCAGUCGAUCAGUUCCUGGAGCUGACAGAUGAGGGUAACCUAAGACACUUCAUAGACAGCUCAUCCUCCUUUCAAAGACCUUUCUCGCCUCCCCACACGUAUGGGUACAUCUGUGGGCCACUGCCCUCCGACCUGGAAACAGAUGAUGCAGACUACGAUGAUGAGGAUGAUGACCUGGAUGUGGAGGUGGCCCGUGUGAACUCACGCAGGUUCUUCCACAGACUCUGCCGCACUCCAACCUCCAGCAUUAGUGAGUGCGAGAGCUCCCUCGCUGGCUCGUUGGCCAAUGGCUGGGGCUCUGUCUCCGAGGACAAUUUCACCAGUGCCCGCUGCAGCAUGGUCAGCUCCUCCGAUGGCUCCUUCCUCAUGGAUGCCAACUUCGCCCAGGCCCUUGCUGUGGCAGUUGACAGUUUUUGCUUCAGUCUGAAACAAACGGAGAUGGCAACUCCUUACGCAGCUCUCCCUGCAGCCUCCUCUAUGCCUGCUGCCUUCUCUGAUGCUGGGCUACCAUGUAAUCGCUCUGAAGGAUCAGAGACCACAAGUGAACCUGGUCAGAUUUGGGAUUGGAAUAUGUCUUGGGCUGAUGAGAUAGAAGACAGAAUCUCCCAAAAGGAGGAAAUGGCAGCAAAGAAGCAGACUGCUACUGGAAAAGACCCCAGUGGACUCUUCAACAAAAUGUCAGGCCAGCAACAACAGGCCAAAUAUAUCACUGGAGAGAGUGAGGACUGCAGAUACUGGAUAUCAGAGUCGGGGGUGUGGUGCUGGGAAAGCACAGCAGAUGGAUACAACUCCAAAGUCGACAUCCAGGCGAACCCUGCGCUGAAUGCAGUACAUGUAUCAUUCGCUACAGUUGGAGCCCCGGUACACAAGAGUUUUGCUGUUCGGAGGAAAGUGGAGAAAGUUGGAUUGAUGAAUUUUCCAACAGAUACCAAUGGUCUUACCAUGGUUAAGGUCUAAGAACAUGAGUGGAUUGGAAUUCCUGACCCAUCUCUGUACAUACAGAAACCUACAGACAUCAGGAUCCAGAUCCAUAAGGAAGGGAGAGAUGGCUGUUUGUAGGAUGGAGACAUUCCAAUGGUUAUCGAUGGGCAGCUAGGGCACUUAGUCAUUUUCAUUUUUACUCAACAAAGACUGCGCUUAUCAAAAUGGAGGAGGUUUCAAUGUGUAGUCUGUGUAGCAUUUAUAGGGAACUUGGUAGUUUUGAACCACAAAGGACCAGACAGCUAAACUUUCAAUCUAUUCAAAAUCCAGGGCUACAAACAAAACAGUGAAUGUGUACAGUUAGAUUUUAGAAAACAGUGAUAUGAAGAGUGACUGACUGGAUCUAGACAUUGGUUUGUAGAUUGUGUAGAUUGACAUGUGAGGCCCGAAUGGGGGAGAUGAUUAAAUUCAAAAGCAAGGCUGGUGUUCUUGGAGUUUCUGAGUACGUGUACACAGACAUCCUGCCAGCAUACAUCAGCUUUUAACUUAUCUCAUUACUAAUUAAUCUAACAGAUGUAUUUAAAUAAAACUGACCUUGAAAGCCAGUCUGGAGUGACAUUAAAAACUCAAUAAUAUACAUCAAAGAAGUCCAAAGUCUCAACGAUAUAAGGUCAGUUGAGACGAUGGUGUUGGAUGACAACUCACCAAUAUCCAUUGCCUAUUAUUGGUCAAAGAUGAAAAAAGAUCAAAGCGGAUGGUUGGAAAAAAAAAUCAUCACCUAACAAACUUGCGAGGCCCUUUCUCUGAAGACCUAGUAUUGGCAGUAAGUUACUUCAGUUCCAAGUGUAAAUCUAACUGUACUUAUUAUUUUCCUGAUAAAAAAAUACAUUUUAAAAAGAAAAGAA